UCAAACAAAACAAGCAUUGAUUUCUGCAUUUCUGAGAAUCCCAAGAUCUGGACUAAUUUUGAAGACAUUUCCAGUGAGGCUUACAUUUUUAGAGAUGGCAAAUAAAUGCAAGAUAAUUGUUCUAACAAAAGGAUUAGAGGAGAUGAAUGAUUAUUAUUUUAAGAUGGUUAAGUCUUUACUGGCCAAGGAUUUAAAGCUGACUAGAAAAAUGCAAGAAGAAUAUGACAGAAUUAAGAUUGCUGAUUUGAUGGAAGAAAAGUUCCACAGUGAUGCUGGUUUGGGCAAACUAAUAAAAGUUUGCCAAGAAAUAGCCAAACUUCAAGUUAUUGCUGAAACUCUUAAGAAAGAAAAGUCAAAAGCCAAAGGAACAACCCCAUCAAAGAAAAGGAAGCUGGGAGAAGUAGGUUCUGCUACACCUGAACCCACCACAAGUCACACUUUCAAAUCUGAAGGGGUAGAGAGGACCCCUGGAGCUCAGAAAAGAAAAAACACAACCAAAGAAAAGGCUGGAACUAAAAGGAGUAAGGUGCCCCAGGAGCAGACUCAACUUCCCAGUACUGCAGGAACCAGCAUGUCCAGAGCCAUGGGCCACGCCCCACCUCCCCAAAUCUCAUCAUCAGCUCCACCCAGCACUCCCUCAGAGCAGACCCAGAAAUCACUGGCCAAACAUCAGGUAAAUGCCAGAAGACAUAUUCUCCAACAGGACCCAAUGAUAGUGAUGGUACUGAAUGCAACAAAACUAUUUGAAUAUGAAGCCUCAGAAAAUGAGAGAAAACAAAUGUUUCAUGCUACAGUGGCUACCAAGACACAGUUAUUCCAUGUGAAGGUUUUAAACAUCAAAUUGAAGAGACAAUUUACCCAAAAAAGAAUCCUUAUCAUAUCAAAUUAUUUUGAACAUGGAAAUCUCCUAGAGGUGAAUGAAGACACUUAUGUGUCUGAAGCUGGUUCUGAUCAAAAGAUUGAGGUUCCAAACAACAUCAUCAAAAGAGAAAAGGAAACUUCAAAGAUUGAUGUUCUUCACAAGCAAGCUUCAGGAACUAUUGUAUAUGGAUUAUUUACACUACUUGAGAAAACAGUGAAUAAGAAGGACACCAUCUAUGGAAUUCAGGAUGCAACAGGAAAUAUGGAUGUAGUGGGAAGAGGAACAUGCCACAAUAUCCCUUGUGAAGUAGGAGAUCAGCUUCAACUCUUCUGCUUUCGACUGCAAAAAAAGAACCAGAUGUCAAAACUGAUAUCUGAAAUGCAUAGUUUCAUCGAGGUAAAGAAAAAAGCAAACCAGAGAAACUAUAACCUCAUGGGCAGAGGGCUAUACCAGGAGCAGGGUCAUCUUCCAGCACAUUCAGAAGCCAGCACAGCUCUAACUGGGAACUAUCCCCAGACGGCUCAGAAGCUACCAUUAACCCUAUCCAAGGGUUUCUUCCCCCAGGUACAGUUUCCUGAGUCUCAUUCCUGGGUUCUUCCAACCAUAGAUUACAGACAUGACCAGAAUGUUAAAAAGUUUCUUUUUUGA